CACACACCUGGAGCUCGUCCCAGGAGGGGGGCGGGGAGGAGAGCCGGAGCAAGUGUCUUAAAAUAGGCACGCAGACAAGCGUGAGACGCUGAGAGGCUGGAGAAGGCUAUCAAGAGCGGCGGGCACGAGGCGCGCAGGUCCGCCCCGGGUGGCACAGGCGGGCUGGGCGGGGUGGGCGCCGAGCGGCCGGCCCUCCGCGCGGCUCAGCACCAGGCCCUGCGGGAAGCGCGCGCUGAUUGACAGCUGCACUGUCCCCAAAAGGCUCGGCGAAGAUGCUGAUCCGCGGGUGGGUCUAGACGCGCAGCCCGCGCGCCCGGUGCCGGCUCCCCUCCGCACCUCCUGAGCCCCGCCGCCUCCCGGUCGCCGAGGAGCCGGCCGGAGGCCCCCGCCGGCGCGCCAGCCCCGCGGCCUCGGGCGGCGGGCGCUCGCCCGGGCUCACCAUGCACUGCCACGCAGAGCUGAGGCUGAGCUCGCCCGGCCAGCUCAAAGCAGCCAGGAGGCGCUACAAGACUUUCAUGAUCGACGAGAUCCUCUCCAAGGAGACCUGCGACUACUUUGAGAAACUUUCCCUCUACUCCAUGUGCCCGUCGCUGGUCGUGCGACCCAAGCCCCUGCAUUCCUGUACCGGCCCCGCUUCCCUUCGGGCAUAUCCUCUCCUCUCGGUGAUCACCCGACAGCCCCCAGUCAUCCCCCACCUGGUCCCCGCCACCCCGGGAGUCGCCCAGGCUCUGUCCCGCCACCCGGCCGCCGAGGCCACCUCUGCCGAGGCUGCGGGCGAGAACCACGGCAGCAGCGAGUCGGAGACGGAGCAGCCCACGCCCCGGCAGAAGAAGCCCCGCCGGAGCCGCACCAUCUUCACCGAGCUGCAGCUCAUGGGCCUGGAGAAGAAGUUCCAGAAGCAGAAGUACUUGUCCACCCCAGACAGGUUGGACUUGGCCCAGUCUCUGGGACUCACUCAACUGCAGGUGAAGACUUGGUACCAGAACCGCAGGAUGAAAUGGAAGAAAAUGGUUCUUAAAGGUGGACAGGAAGCGCCCACAAAACCCAAAGGUCGUCCCAAAAAGAACUCCAUCCCCACUUCAGAAGAGAUUGAAGCUGAAGAGAAGUUGAACAGCCAGGCCCAGAGCAAGGAGCUCUGGGAGCCCUCCCAGGGCCAGGAGGGGCUCUGUGACACGCAGAAACCGAAAGUGCACGGUGUCCCCGCAGAGGUGGCUGAGCCCCUAGACCAGCCCCAGGAGUUGCCAGUAGCUUCUCCGGAACCCCCACCAUCAAGCUAAAAUAAAACUCUUGCGAGGAGCGGGAAGGGGGAGACUGGGAAGAAGGGAAAGAGAGAAUGCAGGGAGACCAGGGAGAGGAAAGCUUCCGAUAGCCGGUAACUUGGGGGGAGAAGACCACCGCCGGCUCCCUCCCUCCUGCCCACAGGUCUCACCUCGAGACUUUGAGGAAGACUUGCUGCCUUUGGCCUGCUCUUCCUGAAAGGCUGCUUUAGCCACGGAUGCCCUUGACUAAGGGACACAGUGCCUUGGAACUGCCGACCCCAGCUGGGGUGAUGCCGUGGGGCUGUCCGGGUCCAAGCCCCCCGGUGUGGUAGAGGACGCUCCAGCCAGCCUCUGGACAGCCAGCCGUCAAAGCAGAGCGGGAUGCCGGAGUGGGCAGCAUGCCCAGGUUCCUUGCUGACUCAGCACUUAUUUCUGUAGUUUUAAAAGAGAAUUUAAUGUUUUUGGUUUUUUUUUUUUUUUUUUUUUGGCAGGGCGGGGUUGGUGAGGGUGGGCAAAUAAGAGUUGGGGGAAGGGAGUUCUGAGUUAAUAGAAUAAAGUUUGUUUGAAGACACGUGUGCCUUUGUAUCCAUUGUAAGGUGGUCAGGUGACCCAAGAACUGAUAAACCUUGUUUUUCUUGCUUCAUUAAGUUUCCAUCCCUGAAGCCGCAAUGCAGAUAUGUUAAGAUAACUUUUAUUUUUUAAUUAAAAAUAAACCUUUCAAAAAAGGA